AAUCCAAAAAGAUUCAACUUAACUCGCCGUAAAAAAGAUGGACCUACUACGCAGCCUUCGAGAACCAAUAGGGAACCAAAACGACAUCGUCCUAAGGUUCACUCAGCACGUGAUCGCCAGCACCGCCGGGAAAACCUCCAACCUCGUCUUCUCGCCGGCGUUAAUCAACGUCAUCCUCAGUUUCAUCGCCGCAAGAUCUCCCGGAGCCACCGCAGACCAGAUUCUCUCUUUACUUCAGGCUUCUUCGACCGAUGAGCUAAACGCCGUCUCCUCCAAGAUAGUCACCACCGUCCUUGCCGACAGCACCACGAGUGGCGGUCCGACGAUAUCGGCAGCGAAUGGCGUCUGGAUCGAAAAGACUCUCUCUGUGGAACCUUCUUUCAAGGAUCUCUUGCUGAAUUCGUAUAAAGCUGCUUUCAACCAAGUUGACUUCCGCACCAAGGCUGAUGAAGUGACUGAAGAGGUGAAUUCAUGGGUUGAAAAGCAGACAAAUGGACUCAUCACUGAUCUUCUUUCACCAAACUCUGUAGAUGCUUUGACUGAUCUCAUAUUUGCUAAUGCCUUGUUCUUCAACGGAAGAUGGGAUGCGGAAUUCGAUCCAUCGCUAACAGAAGACUCUGACUUUCACCUUCUUGAUGGAACCAAAGUACGUGUGCCCUUCAUGACCCAUGACUCCUUCACAUUCCAUCUCGAUGUUUACGAAGGUUUCAAAGUCCUCGCUCUACCGUACAGAGAAGGGCGGGAUUACGAAGAAGACGGCCGUAGUUUCUCAAUGGAAAUCUAUCUCCCUGAUGAGAAAGAUGGGUUGCCUGCAAUGUUGGAGAGAUUAGCUUCUACUCGUGGAUUCUUGAAUGACAGAGAGGACAUUUCUAGCUACUGGGCAGAUAUAGGAGAACUCAAGAUUCCAAGGUUUAAAUUUGAUUUUGAUUUCGAAGCCUCUGAAGCUCUCAAGGGUUUGGGUUUGGAGGUGCCGUUGUCCACGAUCGUCCACAAGUCUUGCAUCGAAGUAGAUGAAGUGGGAUCGAAAGCUGCAGCUGCUGCUGCUGUAAUAGGUGUUGGCUGUGCUGGUCCUGCGGAGAAGGAGUAUGACUUCGUGGCUGAUCAUCCUUUUCUCUUCAUCGUCAAAGAAUACAGAAGUGGACUGGUUUUGUUCCUUGGUCAAAAAGGAGCUGGUGAGGUUGGAAGGGUUCCUGCGUCAUCUAGGCCAGUUGGAUUUGGCAGUAACCUUUAUUAUACCGUCGAUAUUCCAUUGGAUAGGGUGAAUGACUCUAAACAGAUAGAGCUUUCUGAUUGGGAGGCACAACUUAGGAACAGAGAAAUGGAUGUUAAACGAAGAGAAGAUGCUAUUGCCAAGUCUGGCUUGCAGAUAAACGAUAAAAAUUGGCCGUCCUUUUUCCCAAUUAUACACCACAACGAGAUACCACUUCAUGCACAAAAACUGCAGUACCUGGCUUUUGCUAGUUGGUUAGGUCUAGUUUUCUGUCUCAUAUUCAAUGUCAUCGCAGUAAUAGUCUGCUGGAUUGAAGGCGGAGGUGUUAAAAUCUUUUUUCUUGCCACAAUCUAUGCGUCACUUGGAUGUCCAGUUUCAUAUGUCUUAUGGUACAAGCCUCUCUACCUAGCAAUGAGGACUGACAGUGCUUUGAAGUUCGGUUGGUUCUUUUUCUUUUACCUGAUUCACAUUGGCUUCUGCACAUUAGCCGCCAUUGCUCCUCCUAUCAUUUUCCAUGGACAAUCAUUAACGGGUGUACUGGCAGCAAUAGAUGUAAUCUCUGCCAGUUUAUUAGCCGGGAUAUUCUACUUUGUCGGCUUUGGUCUCUUCUGCAUGGAGUUGCUUCUGAGUCUGUGGGUUCUCCAGCACGUGAUCGCCACUACCUCCGGGAAAACCUCCAACCUCGUCUUCUCGCCGGCGUUAAUCAACGUCAUCCUCAGUUUUAUCGCCGCCAGAUCUCCCGGAGCCACCGCAAACCAGAUUGUUUCUUUACUCCAGGCUUCUUCCACCGAUAAGCUUAACGCCGUCUCCUCCGGGAUCGUCACCACAGUCCUAGCCGACAGCACCGCGACUGGCGGCCCAACGAUAUCGGCAGCGAAUGGCUUCUGGAUCGAAAAGACUCUCUCUGUGGAACCUUCUUUCAAGGAUCUCUUGGAGAAUUCGUAUAAAGCUGCUUUCAACCAAGUUGACUUCCGCACCAAGGCCGAUGAAGUGAAUAAAGAGGUGAAUUCAUGGGUUGAAAAGCAGACAAAAGGACUCAUCACUAAUCUUCUUCCACCAAACUCUGCAUCUCCUUUGACUGAUCUCAUAUUUGCUAAUGCCUUGUUCUUCAACGGAAGAUGGGAUGCGGAAUUCGAUCCAUCUCUAACAAAAGAUUCCGACUUUCACCUUCUUGAUGGAACCAAAGUACGUGUGCCCUUCAUGACUGGUGCCUCCUGCAAAUACACACUCUAUGUUUACGAAGGUUUCAAAGUCCUCGAGCUACCAUACAGAGGAGGACGCAAUUACAAAGAAGACAGUCGUAUUUUCUCAAUGCAAAUCUAUCUCCCUGAUGAGAAAGAUGGGUUGCCUUCAAUGCUGGAGAGAUUAGCUUCUACUCCUGGGUUCUUGAAGGACAACGAGGUCCUUCCUAGCCACUCGGCGGAUAUCAAAGAACUCAAGAUUCCAAGGUUUAAAUUUGAUUUUGCUUUCGAAGCCUCGAAAGCUCUCAAGGGUUUGGGUUUGAAGGUGCCAUUGUCCACGAUCAUCCACAAGUCUUGCAUUGAGGUAGAUGAAGUGGGAUCGAAAGCUGCAGCUGCUGCCGCAUUAAGAAGAAUUGGCUGUCGUCCUCCGCCAAAGAAGUAUGACUUCGUGGCUGAUCAUCCUUUUCUCUUCAUCGUCAAAGAAUACAGAAGUGGACUGGUUUUGUUCCUUGGUCAAGUCAUGGAUCCUUCUAAGCAUUAAUUUGAUGAUUCUUCAAAGAAACAGAGAGAGCUUUCCGAUUGGGAAGCACUACUUAGGAAGAGAUAAAUGGUUGUUGUCUUCUCUUCGUUUUAACUCUGUUUCUUUGUUUUUUGCUUGUUGAAUGAUUUCAUGUAACUCGUUAUCUCUUUGUGAUAUUAAACGAAGAGAAGAUGCUAUUGCUAAGUGUAAGCCAAAAGGACUUUCAUGACACCCUAUUAUUGCAAUAUUGCAAACAAUUUUUUGAAUGUUGUGCUGGUUUGUUACUAAUGGAACACCACGACAUUGCUAACGAAAUACCAGUUCAUGAACAAAAACUGCAGUACUUG